CCAGGGCGCUGAUUGGCUGGAGUGAGCCAGAUGCUCGAGAGCGCCAGAAAACAAGCUUGAGCGGGUGAUGCUGGAGUCACCACGGGACAGUGCAGAGUUUCCGCUAGUUGGACAGGAGUCUACAGAGGACUGGAGGUGCAGGCUAAGGAGGACUACCCGCUUCUUUUAAAGAGGGAAAUUAGCUGCUAUGUUGGUUUGAAGAAACUACACGCUGACAAGUGUUUUAAACCCGACACUGAGCCACAUUGGAGUACUUCAUUCAUUCAGCAAGCGGAGAAAGCAGUUUUCCCAGAUGGAAGUUCAAUGCCUCGCACUGAAAGACCUCACAAGUCCAAGGAAAAGUUUCAAGGUGGAGCCGGAGGAGGAAGAGGAUGGGGGCCAAAGUGAACAAAAGGAAAACAUCUGCGCAGAGUGGAGAAGAUCCACGCCACUGAAAUCCACCGAGCCCGUUCCUGUUCUGCUCAUAAGUAGGUUAGGCGCCGCCCCCGACCUGGCCCACAUCACACCCAUCAAACACUCAACCCUGGUCGAGCCCUGGACGCCUACAGCCAAUCUGAAGAUGCUGAUCAGCGCCGCCAGCCCAGACAUCCGCGACAGAGAGAUGAAAAAAGUACUGUUCAGACCCAUAGAGAAUGAGAAGGACAAGCCAGCAAGUCUGGAUGCUGUGGUGGAGGAUACAGAGGUGGAGGACUCUUGUCAGUUCGAAGCCGUGGAGGAAGAGGACGAUGCCGACAAAAAGCCGAGCAGGAAGCAGAAGAGUCUGGGUCUGCUGUGCCAGAAGUUCCUGGCCCUCUACCCUGAUUACCCACCGCCACACAGCCCCAUCUGGAUCUCACUGGAUGAAGUGGCGACCAAUCUUGGAGUGGAGCGGCGGCGCAUCUACGACAUCGUCAACGUGCUGGAGUCGCUCAUGAUUGUCGGUCGGAUAGCCAAGAACAGCUACACCUGGUACGGUCGUCAGCGGCUGGAGGCCACGCUGGAGGACCUGCAGCGAAGGGGCCGGCAGCAAGGCUACCACCUCCAGAUGGAGGUGGCCUCUGAGAGCAGGGAGGCCGGGCCGGGACGAGAGGAAGACGGAGCGGAAGGAGAUGCUGGCAGUGCUGGUGGCAACAGGAAAGACAAAUCUCUGCGCAUCAUGAGCCAGAAGUUUGUCAUGCUCUUCCUGGUGUCUAAGACACAGACGGUUACUCUGGACGCAGCAGCAAAGAUCCUCAUCGAGGAGAGCCAGGACUCGUCGAGCCACAGCAAAUACAAAACUAAAGUGCGUCGACUGUACGACAUCGCCAAUGUGCUGACCAGCCUGGGCCUCAUAAAGAAGGUCCACGUGCGUGAGGAGAGAGGCAGGAAGCCGGCCUUCAAGUGGCUCGGCCCUGUUGAAUUCAAAAACACUGCAAAUGCUGAAAAUACUGUGAACAUGGCAGCUGUCAGUCUGCCUGAGGCCGCACAGCCACUGACAAGCCAGGACUUCAGAAAAGCCAAGAUGGCGCGGCACGCCUCUUUCAACAUCAUGCCAACUUCUGUGGCUAUCCAGCGACAGGUCAGCUCUGCGCCUAGCAGUCCGCGGCAAGAGCCUGCAGGUCUCUCAAACCUGCCUGUGGAUUAUUCAAAACGGACUGCAGGCAACAACGCAGUGUGUCGACUGCAGUUUGAAAACAGCACUGAUAACCGUCCCAGCGCAGCGCUGCAGACGCCCACGAGCAGAAGCCUGCAGCCUCCGUCCUCCACCCAUCAAACACUGCUGGCACAUUCCAUCCACCCAGAGCACCUCUUCACGCCUUCCUCCUCCCCCCACUGCUUGGCCUACCUGCCCAGCCUGUCCCAGCCCUCGGUGGUCAUGCUGUACAGGGCGCCGGACAAUCCCGACCAAGCGCCCGAAGGCCAGAGAUCGCCCAGGUUGCCGUCUGAGGAGGGGAGGAAGAGAAGGAGGGAGGAAGGAGAAGACGAGGAGACGGUGGCGAAAAAGAAGGGAACGUCCGAGUUAGAGGAAUGUGACCAGAUGAGAGCCGCGUCAGCUGGGUGUUCACAGACUGGAAGCAGCAGGACUUCCCCCAGUCGCCCAGCAGGCCCCUCCAGAGAGCAGCCGGUCGAUGAGAGUCAAGUAGGCAGCGGCAGCAGUGAGCCCGCCCAGCCAUCACACUACCUCUACGUCCCCAACAAUGCAGGUCUGAACAACCUCAACUUCCUCCUCUCUGCCGGUCAGCCACCAGCCGGUCUCGCGCUCCCUCCCGGCGGCGUUCCUACCCUGGCGCUGCCCUACGUCCUGCUGCCCUCUGCAGCCCUCUCCCACUACCCCCUGAUAGCCAGCGGCCUACCACAGCAAGGCUCUGACGGCCACAGCAAACUGAGCUUCAGCCUCCCCACUGUGAUGUCACCGGCUCACUUUAUGGUGGGGGCGGCGCCGUACGGCGUGACGGCAGCACCGGAGAUGAGCAGGUCGCCGGUGCCUACGCCGUCCACUCCAGAACAGAGCAGGCUGUACGGUUCAGCCGCUGGCACGCCGCACUCCCCCCCACGACCAUGUCAGACAGUCAGCGUCAGCACACCAGAACCCCUGACCCCACAUACUCCAAAGGAAACGACACCGUCCGCUUCUAAGGCUUUCUUCCAGACGCCGGGCACACUGGGAAAUGCAGUCAGCGCUGUGCCGGCGACCCGGAAGAGAGGCUCCGCACAGAGAAGACUGGACGUCGGCCACCCUCCCACCAGUUAGACGUGUGAGGAGAUGAAUAAAUGGUGCUGUUUUAACACUCAGGUGUUGACCCCUGAAAGUGAGGAAUAUGGUUUCAAACCAUUGGUGCUUUGUUAGUGUACUAAUGAAAAGGGUUCCUUCCAAAAUGCAAGAAUGUAAGUUUAAACGCAAGAUCUUAAGACGUCAUUUUGAAACGAAACUCUCACCUUAUCGGUCUUUAUGUUGACAGUUAAAAUGUGCCUCCUGGAAACAAGAUUUCAGACUGAUGAGUGAAGCAGUAUUGCCAAUGCGACAGUGCCCUCCUGUGGUGGGAGUCGGCCACUGCUCUGUUUUGUAUUCCAGCCUUAAUUUUCCCUCCGCGAUAUGAUCACGCUACCUAAUUCCCUAUCACUUGUGUAUUUAUAUUUUAGAUAAUAUAUGUUGAUUACAGGGAUUGUAAUAAAACAUUUACUUUGUUUUUAGCACUAAGUAUUUGACAUUUUGUACGUCUCAUAUUGAAGUGAUUGUUUUUAGUGGGCCCCUUCAGGUUUUUUUUUUUUUUUUUUUUUUCCAGUAUCAAGGUUCGAUAGGAAAUCCAUAAGCUGCUGAUCACUGAGAAAACAUCGAUGGUAGCAGACAAAUGUCUCACGGUUCAUGUCAGACGUCACUGUGAGGAGAAAAUCACUAAAGCCUUAAAUGUUUACAGCCAGCCGAGCAUCUCAAGGAACUGUUCUUGGAAUUCAUCGGUUCAUCAGGAAGACAGACGUCACUGGUGCUGCGUGUGCUCUCACUGAGUAUCUGUAACCAAAGUGCAUGAUGGUUAAACCCCAAGAAUAGAGCUGCAAUGAUUAAUUGAUUAGUUGUCAAGUUUUAGAUUAAACUUCAAGUAUUUCGAUAGUGCGAAUUCUCUGAUUUUCUGGUUUUAGCUGUAAUCAAAAUUUCCCCUAUUUUAUAGACCUGACUAAUCAAUUAAUCGAGAAGUUUGUCAGUCGCAGCCCAGCACCAAACCCUCCAUCUCUGUUACUGAAAAAAAAAACAAAACAAUGUGACGAUGCUCUCAGGUACUUGAAUACUUGUGAACUCACUUGAAGUGGAAUUUGAAAAGAUAUCAGAGUACUGUAGAAGACUCAGCCUUAAUUUAUCAGAGGACAGUAGACUGAGGUUAAAUGCUGUCCUUUUUUUUUUUUUUUUUUAAGCAGCACUGUUCCACAUUCAUAGAGUCUUGGAGACUCUCGUUAUGACCACUGUCUGCUGUCGUCUGGUGCAAGUUGAGGGGGGGGGUUGAGUGCCUUACACAAAGACACCCCUGAGUAGUUGCCUCGGUACAGAUUUUCCUCAGGUCGUGUGAACGGCCCUCAAGUGUUGCCUCCAGACGACCCAGCCUGAAUACUGGCGCUUUGGCACGGGACUCAUUCAGGAGAGCUCAGCGAUGCCACACCAAAGGGUGCACAGAUAAUCCACUCUGACCGGUGGGUGUGUAGUUGUUAAUGUACAGUUAUGUCAGCAGUUAUUUUUGUACGUCGUAUUCAUAGCGUCAUAUGUACUUUCACAUGCAGAACGUUAAAAUGCUGCUUACUGUGUUUUUUUUUAAAUGAUGUUUUAAUGCACUGCUAGUUUUAGUAGUUGUGUCUGCUGAUGUAACAAAGCGAAGAGCCGUUCGUACACUGUAGCUCUGCUCUCUCUGUAGUUGUGGGCCAAACCGGGUUUCUUCUGUAAGGUUUUCAUAAACUCUCAUUAAAAAAAA